GUUGCCAUUAAUUGUGGGCUCUUGGGUUCAGCCAGCGGGUGGCAGACUGAAGCUGUGAAUAUGAGUGAUGAUAAACCGUUUCUCUGCACUGCUCCUGGCUGCGGACAGCGAUUCACAAAUGAAGACCACCUGGCUGUGCAUAAACACAAGCAUGAGAUGACCCUGAGGUUUGGGCCAGCACGCAAUGACUCUGCCAUUAUCGCUGACCAGACACCGACACCGACUCGCUUCCUGAAGAACUGUGAGGAGGUCGGGCUGUUUAACGAGCUCAGCAGCCCGUUUGAGCAUGACUUUAAAAAGGCCACUGAGGAUGACAUUAAAAAGUUGCCCCUGGACUUGUCUCCUCUUGCGACUCCUGUUGUUCGAAACAAAAUAGAGGAGCACACAUCCAUCGAGUCUCACAGAGACAGUCCUCGUCCCCACCCUGAGUCUACAACCACUGAUGACAAGGAGGUUUCUUUGCAGCCGCCCUCUCUGCCUCCAUCCACUAUAGUCCGUCCUGCCUCCCUCCAAGUCCCCAAUGUACUUCUUGCCAGCUCUGAUGCUGGUGUUGUUAUUCAGCAAGCUCCUCUCACAUCUCCAACAACAUCUAGCUCUGUUAUAACCCAGGUCCCGUCCUCUAAUAGACCGAUAGUCCCAGUGUCAGGCACGUUUCCGGUUCUUCUGCAGCUGCCUAACGGUCAGACCAUGCCAGUUGCUAUCCCAGCCACGAUCGCCAGCUCCAGCGUACACAUACCCACUGCCAUUCCUCUGGUUCGACCGGUCACUGUAGUGCCUUGUGUCCCUGGGAUCCCUGGCCCCUCCUCUCCUCAGUCUAUCCAAUCAGAAGCUAAAAUGAAGCUGAAGGCAACCCUCGGUCAACAGCUCCCUCAGGUAACCAAUGGCAAUGCAGGUGACAUCCAGAGCAGCUCUGCCAACCAAACCCCACCCCCAGCCCCACCUCCAGCUGAGGAGCCACACCCAAAAUCACUACAGCAACCAGCUACAUCCACUACAGAAACUCCUGUGUCUCCAGCCCCUCCAGCCCAGCACACGACCAGCACAGGUGGGCGGCGGCGGAGAACGACCAGUGAGGACCCAGAUGAGAAAAGACGGAAGUUUCUGGAAAGAAACAGAGCGGCUGCGUCCCGCUGCAGGCAAAAGAGGAAAGUCUGGGUGCAAGGGCUGGAGAAAAAAGCUGAAGACUUGAGCACCAUGAACGGACAGCUACAGAAUGAGGUGACUCUUCUGCGUAGUGAGGUGGCCCAGCUGAAACAACUAUUACUGGCUCAUAAGGACUGUCCUGUGACGCUGCUGCAGAAGAAAUCAGGAUACCAUCAGUUAGAUAAGGAGGACAGCUGUGGAGAGAUGUCCAUUCCCAGCAGCCCACAGAACGAGGCCAUCCAGCACAGCUCUAUCAGCACAUCCAACGGCGUCAGCUCAACCACAGCAAUCGCAGCAGCUCUCACAUCCGGCCCCCCUCAGGGACCCACCGCAGACCACAGCACAGAAGAGGAGUUGUCGUCACAAGAGGGCAGGGCUUCUGCCGCUCACGCACAGUCUUCAGGAAGCUGAUCAGACCUCUGAAUGGUCACUUUGAUUCCUGGUAGCCAUGUUGAAAUAAGGGGGAUAGGAAAUGUUCCUUGGAGAACAUUCCUGUCUGUUUCCCUCUCAGAUUUCAUUUGAGCUGUUUUCAAUCCAAUGCAUUUCCACUAAGAGUGAGUACAGUAGUCGAGGAAGGCACUUGGGGGGUCAUGCAGAAAUUAAACUGAUUGAUUGUGUUUUUUAAUAUGUGGUGUAUUUGUUACGUUUAUAUGAAACGCUGAGCGCUGUGUAGGAAGGAUCAAGAACAGUUGAUUCACAUGAAUCCCUACAGCAAAAAUGUACCUGGAUUCAUAAGUCCCCUGGAAGGGGACUUAUUAAAGCACUAUCAGAGGCUUAAGGUCAAAGACAUGGUCACUUUAAUUUUUUUGCCUUUUAUAUUUUGCACACGAGGAGAGUGAAAGGGUGUUUUUAAUAAAUAGUCGUUAUUUUUCAAGUGCUUGUUCACAAGAGCAGUUCUAGCAGCUUUUAGGAGUUGUUACUGAAUCAUCUUCUUGAAAGAGUGAUAUGCUGUUGUGUGAAUGUUUCUUAUGAUUCUUGGCCAGUUACAAGAAGUUUUUAGAAAAGUCUUUACAUCAGAAAAAUCUUGAGCGGAGCGAUUGUUCUUUCACCAUUGAUUGUAAAAGUGCAUUAUUCACCAUGCAGACUUUCCAAAUGCUCUUUGUUUGCCAUUAUUCAGUUAUUAAUUUUGUUUCAGUUUUAAUUAUUUAUUUAUUUAUUUUUAUUUUAUUUUAAUAAAAGCUUUAUGCUUUUUUAAAAUGAGUUAUUUUCUGCUUGCUACAAAGUGGCUGACUUUGUAUUUGUGGUGUUUGACUUUUAGAAACAAAGGGGGGGAAAAAAUGUAUUAGUUAAUGCACUUUGGUUGUCUUUCUAAUUACAGUGUAUUAAGGAAGCACUGUAAAUGCCAUUACUGACGAAAUGUAUGUGAUCUCUACUGGUAUUAUGUGUUUGUCUUAGGAUCAUAAUGACAACCAUUUUAAAAUAAGUAAAAAUAAUCACCUGAAUAAACCAUUGAGGCUUUCUCUGCCCGAUCUGUGGAAGCAGUUCUGUCUUAGAUUAAAAUUCUUAAGAUUGAACUGGAACUGGAGCAGCUCUUCAAAAGAAACAAAAAAAUAAACCACACUGAGACUUUUGGAUGUUUUAAGGUUAAACUAUGAGCUUGGCUUGGGUUAUGCUUAGUGACAGUUACUAAGUAAGAAUAGGUUACCAGUCUUUCAUUAUUAUCACUUUGCAUCUGCUUCUCUCUUUAAAAUCUAUUCGCUUACUACUGUGUAGUUCUAGUAAAGACUUUGCUGAAUUUUUCCCGCUUUAAUGAUCUGCUAUUUAAAACUUGAUUUUGAAGGUACUUUGUAUGACUGCUAUGUGCUUAUUACCUGCAUGACUGAAUUCUCUGAGAGAAUUUGACCAACAUUUCAACCAUGUGUCUGUUGGGUUAUUGCAUCUGAACAUCUCUUAGGUUUCUCAGCCAGGAAAUGGCAGCUUUUCAAAUGGGAUUGUGUUCUUAUUUACCCUGGAUCCAGUUCGGAGAAAAUGGAUGUGAUUAUUGUUGUGUUGGCGGUCAGCUUGUAACUUGUGAAAAUUAUGUAUAAAAGUAAAAUAAAUUAAAAUGUUGUAAUAAAACUUUUAAUAGCUC